AUGUUAUACAAUUCAACGUUCUUCUCCUAUUUUAGAUUAUGGAACACUACACAAUAUGCUUCAUAUAGCCUAUCAGGUAGUAAAUAUCUUAAUAUAUCGGAUACCACAAAUAUUGCAAAAAUAGUAAACAUGGCAAGAAUGACAAAUGUUACAAACGUGACAAAUCUGGCACACAUGGCGAACAUAACAAACAAGGUAGACACAACCAAUGUUACUAUAAAACUUAUAGACAAAAAUCCUCCUUUCCCAUCGAGCUCAGAAUUUUUUGCUUGGUUUAUGCUCUAUGUGCUCCCUCAUAUGAUUGUCAUUAACGCUGUCAUUGAUCGUCUUAAAAACAUCCCCGUGAUGAAAUCGAAUAUCAAGCAAAUUAAUCUACCAGCGUGGUCCAGGAUAUCGUUACAUUUAUUAGCUUUGGUACCAUUGACCUGUGGAAUAUCUGUCUUUUAUAUGCGUUCUUGCAUACUACAAGUUUACGAAUCCUUAUUCGGAGCUAGCUUUGAAUCAUUUUUCGGAGGGUUAUAUUAUAUUUUAUGCUUGUCCCAUGGAGUUGAAGUAUUCUACUCAUCCACAACGAAUAGUAGUCAAUUACUAACUCCAAAUUUCGGAGUUUCCCAGUUAGGUUUUGAAUUUUACUCGUUGUGGGCUAUGGCCAAAUACGAGAAGUAUACUCCUGAGACUUCGUUCCUCAUAAGAACUGAUUGUACAUUAUUAUUGGUGAAUCGGCUAAUUAUUCAUUUGGUGGAAGUAUUAAACAUGAGAAAAAAGUAUUCCAUUUUUUCUACGACCGUUUAUUUAGUAUAUUUGCCUUUUUUCCUUAAAAAUUUUAAUUCCCUCCCCUUUGCCCUCAAAGCAAGGGAGAUUAACAAACUGCUUUCUGUUGUAAUGAUAUUUACUUCUUUUAUUUUCCAUUCCUUCCGAUAUAUCACUAACAAAGAUAAGAAUUCUAUAUUUAAAUACAUGCAUAUGUUUAAACUAUUAAACCUUACUGGAGAAGAAAACAUUGAACUAACACUAUUCAAAUUUGCAACGUUUUUAUGUGAUGGAAACGAUAUCGACGAAUUCCCACGCCAGGAUCCGGAAAUACAUUCACCAUUACAAGAACAUUCAUAUAUAAUAAGUGGUUAUCUGAAUGAAGUAAACUCAAAUCCCGAAGAUUAUGAUACCAUUAUACCUGAUGUCGAAAGUUCCAUUUUUUCUUCUCCGACUGCGAUGCUUGUAAUGUUAAUUAGUUUAUGUUGUUCAGUAAUUAUUAGUCGAACUAACCUCAUGAUAUAUGGGUCUACAUUGGAGAUGAAAAAGCGAAGAGCUGAAGGUAAGAGAAGAACACAUUCGAAACACUAUGAUUUGAACAAUUUAAUCACUGAUAAUAACUAUGCAAUGUUUAUGACAAGGGUUUUGAAAACUGAUAAAUUGUGUGUUCAUGACCCCGAUAAAUAUUUACUUCCAGACACUGACACAUCCCCUGAUUAUAAUCCUCCUAUAAAUGAUCCACGAUCAGAAGAUGAGGAUGGCGUAGACAGUGCAAAGGAAGAAGAAAUACUGUCCGAAUCUAUUGAAGAAGAAUCAAGGAUCUUUGAUUUACUUGUUCCUGUAGAUGAUAGUUUUGAAGCUCCAGAUUUAAACUGGUAUUUAUCAAUGUGGUCUAUUAUGAAAUAUACUUUCCAAUAUGAUAAAAGACUAACAAGAACGAGUUACUGGGAACUAGCAAACAAAACUAUUCUAAAUGAAAUAAUACAUGAAAGAAGAACGCAAAGUACAAAAGAGCCAUCACAAGACGAAGACCUGUUUAGCUUCAGUGACGACGAUGACGAUGAAGAGGAGUUAGAUUUGACUUGUGUUUUAUGUAAACGUCAUAGGAGAAGAAUUGUUCUUUGGCCUUGUAAUUGUCUGACAAUUUGCGACGAGUGUCGGUUAGCUAUAGGAAGAAGAGGAACUACUAAGUGUAUAUGCUGUGCUGAACCGGUGAAAGGAUACAGUAAGUUGAAUGUAGUCUAG